ACUAGAGGCGUCACGACUGCAAUUAAUGACAAACGGAGGCGUUGAAGAGACGUCGACAGUCAGAAGAUAACCGCCAAACUCGCCCGCCCGUCAGUGCGCGUCGUUUUCUCGCCGUUAAUUUAAGUGCGAGGCAGAAAUAAAACGCAACAGUUCUCGCACGAAAAACAACCAAACCAUGUGGUGAUUGUGCGGCGUUACUGUACGGGAACAGAGCGCAUUCACUCGAAGCUGCUGCUACUGCUGCUGCCGCUGUCACUGUUGACGGGUUCGCGAUAAAACAACAACAACGAGAGGGUUUAAAGUCUCUGUCGGGAGAGAGGAGCGAUGUUGAUGGCAAUGGAACUGCCCAGGCUCACGAAUGCCCUGCGGUCGUUCACCAAUGUCAGCAAUAGCAGCUUUGAGCCAGACACGGACUCGGACCUUGACCUACAGUCCAAGAGGCAGCUGGUCAAACAGACGUCGGGCAACGUGGGGCUGAGCUGGAAGAAGGUGGUCGACUUCCUGUCGUGCAGCAUCGUCAAGAGCCAGCGCAGCCAGCUGAGCGACGACCUGCGAGCGCUGCUGCAGGUGGCCAAGCGGAUCGUUGGCAGCGAGGAGGACACUGAGUCGGUGGAGUGCGCCGCCGCAUUCCUCUUCGAGACUUUUGCUCCAGGCGAGGAGGAGGAGGAGGAGCGGGGAGGAGCGAGCGCAGCCUGGCAGGAGCGAGCGAGCCGUCUGCGCGGCGCGCUGGGUCCCGUGCCCCCCGGCGCCGCUCGCGACGCCAGCGACGUCGUCGCUCGGAUCGUGUCCCGGCUGCCCGAGCCCUCGCGCCUCUCCGAGCUCUCCUUGCCCAGCAAGGAGGAGCAGGACGACGAUGGCAACACCUGCGCUCCGUUUGGGCAGAACAUCCCCUUCUCCUCCGACGGCUUCGACCUGGAGCCCGCCGACAAACUCAUCGCCCGGAGGCACCUCGAUCCGCCAAACCAGCUGAGCCUCGACUACUCGCGCUUCGUGAAGGCAGCGGGCGGCCGGGAGGAGGGGGCGGCGGGCCAGGCCAGCUGCGUGGACGGCGGGUGGCUGCGCAGCCAGGUGGAGGAGUUCGUGGCCGCUGGCGGCUCGAGCUUGCCGUCCGCCGAGCUCUGCUCGAGCCUCUUCGAGGCGCUCAUUUCGGACAAGAGCGACAACGCGCUUCAGAACGAGCUGUUCGAGCUGCUGGGAGUGGGCGGGUUUGACUUCAUCACAAAGCUACUGCAGCAGAGGAAGAAGAUUGUGGACUGUGCCAUGGAGCCCGUGGAUGAGGGUCCUCCGGUUAAUCGUGGUCCGGCAGGGGGAACGGGGGCCCCCGUCGGCCCCAGCGUCGCCCGCCAGGUGACCGUCCAGUCGGAGACGGAGCGGCUGUUGGGGAAAGCGGCACGCCGCGAGGAGAAGCGCAGCCUCAAGCGCGAUCGUCGCAACGGCGACGACGACACCGCCGCCACCGCCGCCACCGGUGUCAACGGAUUCGAUCCCCUGGCCCUGCGGCUCCAGAGGGAGGAGGCCCUUCUGAAUGCUCAGAUCGCACCGAUACUCCUGCCCCGGGCUCAGUGGACCGAGCCAGAGAGAUUCCCCAACGUGUACGACGCCUACGCGGACGCGCGCAAGACGUCGGCCUUUGUCGGAGGCUCCAAGAUGCUUCUGCCAGAAGGCUUCUCGGUGCAGAACAACAAGAUGUACGAAGAGAUGAGCAUCCCACCCACUCCACCACUGCCCAUCGGAAUCGCAGAGAAGCCGGUUUUCGUCCGCGACCUCGAUGAGAUCGGACAGCUGGCCUUCAGCGGCACUCAGAAGCUGAACCGUGUGCAGUCGCUGGUGUUCGAGACAGCGUACCACACCAACGAGAACUUGCUUAUUUGCGCCCCCACGGGCGCUGGCAAGACCAACGUGGCCAUGCUGACUGUGCUGAGAGAAGUCCGGCAACACGUGGGACCUGGUGGGCUCCUCAACAGCGGAGACUUCAAGAUCGUGUACGUGGCCCCCAUGAAGGCUCUCGCGGCCGAGAUGACGAGCAACUUCGGCAAGCGCCUCCAGCCGCUUGGCAUCGCGGUGCGAGAGCUCACGGGAGACAUGCAGCUCACCAAGGGGGAGAUCUUACGCACUCAGAUGCUGGUGACGACUCCGGAGAAGUGGGACGUGGUGACGCGCAAGAGCGUGGGCGACGUGGCCCUGAGCCAGCUCGUGCGCCUGCUCAUCCUCGACGAAGUCCACCUCCUCCACGACGACCGGGGGCCCGUCCUCGAGAGCCUGGUCGCGCGCACUCUGCGCCAGGUGGAGAGCACUCAGAGCAUGAUUCGUAUCGUGGGUCUGUCGGCAACCCUGCCCAACUACCUGGACGUGGCACGGUUCCUGCACGUGAACCCGUACAUCGGCCUCUUCUUCUUCGACAGCCGCUUCCGGCCCGUGCCCCUGAGCCAGACGUUCAUCGGCGUCAAGACGACCAACAAGAUGCAGCAAAUGCACGACAUGGAUGAAGUGUGUUAUGAUAAAGUUCUGGAGCAAGUCAAGGCUGGACACCAGGUCAUGGUGUUCGUGCACGCUCGCAACGCCACCGUCCGCACGGCCAUGGCUCUGAGGGAGAUGGCGAAGAACAACGGGGAGGCGGGGUUCUUCACGCCGCCGCAGUCAGCCGAGUACGGCACAGCGUUCAAGCAGGUGGAGCGCUCCCGCAACAAGCCGAUGCGCGAGCUGUUUCCGGACGGCUUCAGCACGCACCACGCCGGCAUGCUGCGGCCCGACCGCUCGCUCGUCGAAGGGCUCUUCUCGCGCGGGUUCGUGCGCGUCCUCGUGUGCACCGCCACGCUCGCCUGGGGCGUCAACCUGCCCGCCCACGCUGUCAUCAUCAAGGGCACGCAAAUCUACGACGCCAAGCGCGGUACCUUCGUGGACCUCGGCGCGCUGGACGUGAUGCAGAUCUUCGGGCGUGCCGGGCGGCCCCAGUACGACACGUUCGGCCUCGGCAUCAUCAUCACGUCGCACGACAAGCUUGGCCGCUACCUCACGCUGCUGACUCAGCAGAACCCCAUCGAGAGCCAGUUCCAGGCCAGCCUGCAGGACAACCUGAACGCGGAGAUUUCCCUGGGAACCGUGACCAACGUGCAGGAGGCCGUGAGGUGGCUGAGCUACACGUACCUGUACGUCCGCAUGCGAGCCAACCCACUGGCGUACGGAAUCAGCUACAACACGCAACAGGCCGACCCGUCGCUGCACAAGUUCCGCGAGCAGAUGGUGGUGGACGCGGGCCGGAAGCUGGACAAGGCGCGAAUGAUUCGCUUUGACGAGCGCACGGGAUACUUCUCGCCCACCGACACGGGACGCACGGCCAGCCACUUCUACAUCAAGUACAACACCAUCGAGACUUUCAACGACUACUUUGGCCCGCACCUGACGGAAUCGGACGUGUUAUCGAUGGUGUGCAAGGCAGAGGAGUUUGAGCAGAUCAAGGUGCGCGAGGAUGAACUCGGCGAGCUCGAGCAGCUAGCCGACGGCUACUGCCUGCUGCCCGUGGCCGGCGGCGUGGAGAACGGCUACGGCAAGGUGAACAUCCUGCUGCAGACGUACAUCUCGCGCGGGGACGUCGACUGCUUCUCGCUCGUGUCCGACCUCUCCUACAUCGCCCAGAACGCAGCGCGAAUCGUGCGCUCUCUCUUCGAGACGGCGCUUCGCAAGCGCUGGCCCACCAUGACGAGCCGCCUCCUGGCCCUGAGCAAGGCCAUCGACCGCCGCCUCUGGGGCUGGGCCCACCCGCUGCGCCAGUUCUCGGCACUGCCGCACACGACGCUCGAGAAGCUGGAGGCACGCAAGAUGACGGUCGACAACCUCCGAGACAUGAGCAGCCACGACAUAGGACACAUGAUCCACCACGUGGCAAUGGGUCAGAAGAUCAAGCAGUGCGUCCAGCAGAUCCCCACGCUGGCCCUAGAGGCCUCCAUCCAGCCCAUCACGCGCACUGUGCUACGCGUGCGUCUCUCCAUCACGGCCGACUUCACCUGGUGCGACCAGGUUCACGGCUCUGUUGGCGAACCGUGGUGGAUCUGGGUUGAGGACCCCACCAACGAUCACAUCUACCACUCGGAGAACUUCAUGAUCCUCAAGAAGCAGGUGCUGUCCCAGGAGGCGCAGUGCGUCACGUUCACCAUCCCCAUCUUCGAGCCGCUGCCCUCGCAGUACUACGUGCGCGCCGUGUCGGACCGCUGGCUGGGCUCGGAGGCCGUGUGCCCCAUCAACUUCCAGCAGCUGAUCCUGCCAGAGAGGCACCCGCCACACACUGAGCUGCUGGACCUGCAGCCACUUCCCGUGAGCGCGCUGGGCGACACGCGGCUGGAGGCCCUCUACCGCUUCACGCACUUCAACCCCGUGCAGACGCAGAUCUUCCACACGCUGUACCACGGGGAUGGCAACGUCCUGUUGGGCGCACCCACGGGCUCCGGCAAGACCGUGGCGGCAGAGCUCGCCAUCUUCCGCAUCUUCAACGCUCACCCCGGAGCCAAGGCGGUGUACAUCGCUCCCCUAAAGGCCUUGGUGCGGGAGAGGAUGGAGGACUGGAAGGUUCGACUGGAACAGAAGCUGGGAAAGAGGGUGGUGGAGCUCACGGGCGACGUGACCCCAGACGCCCGUGCCAUCGCGAGCGCCGACCUGAUCGUCACAACCCCCGAGAAGUGGGACGGCGUGAGCCGCAGCUGGCACAGCCGCUCCUACGUCAAGCAGGUGGCGCUACUCGUUAUCGACGAGAUCCACCUGCUGGGCGAUGAUCGAGGUCCGGUGCUGGAGGUGAUCGUGUCUCGCACAAACUUCAUCUCGUCGCACACGGAGAAGCCGGUGCGCGUGGUCGGGCUGUCCACGGCGCUCGCCAAUGCCAGGGACCUCGCCGAUUGGCUUGCCAUCAAAGAGGUUGGCCUCUUCAACUUCCGUCCGUCUGUGCGUCCCGUGCCCCUUGAGGCUCACAUUCACGGCUUCCCAGGGCAGCACUACUGCCCUCGCAUGGCAACCAUGAACAAGCCGACCUUCCAAGCGAUCCGCACGCACUCCCCGGCCAAGCCCGUGCUCAUCUUCGUGUCGUCUCGGAGGCAGACGCGUCUCACCGCCCUCGACCUCAUCGCUUUCCUGGCCGGCGAGGACAAUCCCAAGCAGUGGCUUCACACGGACGAGACCGAGAUGGAGCACAUCAUCUCGACGGUGAAGGACUCGAACCUGAAGCUGUGUCUGGCGUUCGGCAUCGGCAUGCACCACGCGGGCCUGCACGAGCGCGACCGCCGCACCGUGGAGGAGCUCUUUGUCAACACCAGGAUCCAGGUGCUGAUUGCCACCAGCACGCUGGCCUGGGGGGUGAACUUCCCAGCGCACCUGGUCAUCAUCAAAGGCACCGAGUACUUCGACGGAAAAACGCGGAGAUACGUGGACUUCCCUAUCACAGACGUCCUGCAGAUGAUGGGCCGUGCCGGGCGCCCUCAGUUCGACGAUCAAGGCAAGGCGGUGAUCUUCGUGCACGACCUCAAGAAGGACUUCUACAAGAAGUUCCUCUACGAGCCCUUCCCGGUAGAGUCGAGUUUGUUGGAGGUACUCGCUGACCAUCUCAAUGCUGAGAUCACCUCUGGUACCAUCACCUCCAAGCAAGAUGCCAUGGACUACAUCACCUGGACCUAUUUCUUCCGUCGGCUCAUCAUGAACCCCAGCUACUACAAACUUGACAACAUCGACCAUCAGGCCAUCAACAACUUCCUGUCGGGGCUGGUGGGAAGUGCCCUCUUUGACUUGGAGUUCUCGGGAUGUAUAGAGGUCGGGGAGGACAACCGGAGCAUCCAGCCGCUCUCCCCGGGCAAGAUCUCCUCGUACUAUUACCUGAAGCACGGCACGGUGCGCAUGUUCCGUGAACAGCUCCGUGCCGACAGCCGCGUUGAGGACCUCCUCGUCACCCUGUCCGACGCCUCCGAGUACGCUGAACUGCCCGUGCGCCACAACGAAGACUCGCUCAACCUGGAGCUGGCGGGCCACGUGGCCCUGGACGGCGUGGCCCAGCGGCCCAUGGACAGCGCGCACACCAAGGCGCUGCUGCUGUUGCUGGCGCACGUGGGCCGCGUACCGCUGCCCUCGCCCGACUACGGCACCGACACCAAGUCCGUGCUCGACCAGGCGCUCCGCGUGUGCCAGGCGAUGCUGGACACGGUGGCGGAGCAGGGCUGGCUCGUGUCGGCUCUGUGCGUCGCCCAUCUGGUGCAAAUGCUGGUGCAGGCGCGCUGGCUGCACGAGCACUCGCUGCUCACGGUGCCCAACGUGGAGAGGCAGCACCUGCACCUGUUCAGGAAGUGGAGCGCUGGCCGGAGGAUGGAAGCCAAGGGAGGAGGAUUCAAAGGCCCCAUCGACAGUUUGCCUCAACUCAUCGCGGCUUGCGACGGCCGGGAAGCAACGCUCGCCUCUAUCCUCUCCCCGGAGCUUUCCCCCAGUCACAUCUCACAGGCGUGGGCCUACGUGUCGGCGCUGCCUCUGCUCGACGUGAGCGUGACCGUGCGGGGCUGCUGGGACGACGGCGGCGAGGAGGAGGUGCAGGAGUCGGGGGGGCGAGGGGGAGGAGGGGGCAGCCGCACUGAACGGGCCGUGCCGAGCUCCGACGGCGUCCCGCGGGCGGCCCAGCGGUGGCUGCGGCUGCACGCCGACCAGGAGUACGUGCUGACCGUGCGGCUGAGACGCCACGCGGCGCACCACGGCAAGGGCAAGGCGGAAAGCAAGGCGCAGUGCCCACGCUUCCCCAAGCCCAAGGACGAGGCCUGGAUCCUGGUCCUGGGCGAGGUCGACCGCAAGGAGCUGCUGGCUCUCAAGCGCGUGGGCUUCGUGCGCGGCGCCACCACCGUCUCGCUGGCCUUCUACGCCCCCGAGCGCACGGGCCGGUGCAUCUACACGCUGUACGUAAUGAGCGACUGUUACCUGGGCCUGGACCAACAGUACGACAUACACCUGGAAGUCAUCCCCGCCAGCAUCAGAUCACAGGUCAACUCGGAGGUGUGCGAGUGAUGCCCGGGCAGGCGGCUCGACGCUCUUCACCGCGCGCGUGGACACCAACGAGGAACCCGGACAGCUCACAGCCCGUUGGUUGGCUGCGUCACCCACGCUGCGUCAGCAGGGAUGUCCCCCCUAAAGCGAGUUUCAGCCUUCGAUU